AUGGCGCUCCCUCUUCCCCCAAUCCUCUCCCCCGAAGAAGCCGCCCAAUGCGGCCGAACACUCGCGCCAUACGUGUUCUCGUCGCAAAUCCUCGAACUCCCCACGCGUGUCAUCGAAGCCGCCAACAGCGCAGAUGCCUUACAUAGUUUCCAAGAGCUUUACCUGGGCACAAACCCCAUGCUGACUGCCGUCGCGUUUGCGCUCGCUCUGUGCCCCUUUUUUGUUCUUGCGGCUGAGAUUCGCAACAAUUAUUCGCAGGUGGAUUGUUGGUGGAGCUUUUUGCCUUCGAUUUACAAUCUGCAUUACUAUGCGUGGGCAUAUGGGAAUGGGUUGCCGACGGAUCGGUUGCAGACUAUUGGCGUGAUCAGUGUUUUGUGGACUAUCCGCUUGACAUACAACUACUGGCGCAAAGGCGGCUACAGCUGGGGCGCUGAAGACUACCGCUGGGCCGUACUCCGCGACCAAAUCAACAAUCGCUUCCUCUUCUUUUUGUUUGACGUCGUCUUCAUCGCUCUCACCCAAUCGCUCUUGUUAUGUGCCAUCACCGCCCCAACCUACCUCUUCACUGUACUCGCUCAGCUACCCGAGACCGGAGCAAUUUUCGACAUCGCGGAUCUCGUCUUCUCGCGCCUUUUGUUUUUCUAUAUCCUGAUCGAGACCGUCGCAGACGAACAACAAUGGCGCUAUCAACAAGCCAAGAUCAAAUACUGUGACACCGGCGUCAUCAUCGAGGGGUACGACAAGGAAGACCUCGAGCGCGGAUUUGUUGUUUCAGGUCUCUGGUCAUACAGUCGUCACCCCAACUUCGCCGCUGAACAAGCCAUCUGGCUUACGCUAUAUCUCUGGUCUGCAUACAAGACCGAGACUUACUUGAACUGGGCUUGCGUUGGAGCGCUGGGUUAUUUGGCUCUGUUUCAGGGUAGCACCUGGUUGACGGAGAUGUUGAGCGGUAGGAAAUACCCGGAGUAUGUAGAGUACCAGGCCCGUGUCGGCAGGUUCAUCCCACGGUGGUCUGUGAGUGCCAAGGCGCAGAAGAAGGCGAAAGCUCAAGCUGAGAAGAUGGAGGAAAAGAAGAACGAGUAG